UGUUCGAGACGUUCGAGACCGUUCGAGACAUUCGAAACGUCAGAAUGGUCAGAAUCGUCAGAAUGUCAUUUAUUCCCGUUUGCUGAAUUCCACCUCGUAAUUACAUUCCAACAAAAUUAAUCCAAAACAUUAGGACUUUUUAAAAAAUAGUGGAGCUACACUACACUGUGGAAUGUUUAACAAUACUAAUAAUGACAGCUUGCAAUGGUAUUGCCUUCAGAUGUGGAAAUAGUAUUUGUUCAAAAGAUCUCAUAAUAUCUACCGACUUUCGAAGACUCAUUUAAUAUGAAUCACGUUAUUAUUGAAGCUUUAAAUUGCAGAAAUUGCCUUACAGAAUAAAAGGAUAAAAUUAUUCCGACAAAAAUGGCAACGCUGUGUCUGUGGUGUCUACUUGUGUGAUGUAUGAUGGAAACUGUCGGUAACAUAUGUUAUGACCUGGUGUAUAAAUAAAAAUCUGUCAGGGGUCAGGUGUGUGGCUAAAUGGUACACGGAACUGUAUGAAAUGCAACGUAGAGCCAAGUAGGGAAGCUACAGGUUUUAUUACAAAAUGAAAUUGCUUUCUUGGGGUGCCAAUACACACGGUCAACUGGGGCAAGGCCUCAAGUCAGAACAGUGUCUUCUUCCAGGAGAGAUAAGGAGAGAAGAUUCUCUGGAUCUCAGUUGCAUUACAUGUAUCACAGGUGGAGGAGGUCACACAUUGAUUGUUAAUAAACAUGGGCAAGUGUUUGCUUGUGGAUCAAAUACCAAGGGACAAUUAGGGCUUGGAAUGGACACAGAACAUCCAGUCUUUGAGAAAAUAAAGUCACUUGAUACUUACCAUGUUACUCAAGUUGCUUGUGGUUGGGAUUCCAGCCUAGCAGUUACAAAGGAUGGAGAGUUGUUUGUUUGGGGGUCUAAUGCAUAUUGUCAGUUAGGAUUACCAAAGAAGAAGGUUCCUUUUACCACCACCCCAUUAAAACUGGCAAUAACAAAUGUUAGAGCCGUGGCAUCAGGCUUACGACACUCAGCUAUACUUACAGGAGAUGGCCAAGUCUUGGUAUGUGGUAAUGGGAAGAGUGGACAAUUAGGACUUACAGAUAAUGGAAUACCAAUUGUUGAAGUAGAAAAUCCUCAAAAAGUUCCUGGGGUGAUGGAUGUUUAUAGUGUAGCUUGUGGUCAGCAGCAUACCGUGGUGGUGACAUCCAGUGGCAGAAUAUUUGUGUGGGGAAGUAACAAACAUGGUCAGCUAGGUGUGGAUCCUACCCUCCAUUCAACUGUCAUCACCCCUAAAGAAAUAUUUUUUCCACAACGACCUGAUGGUGGAUGCAUACUGCUCUCUGGCUGGACACAUGUUGCCAUUCUAACAGAUGGUGGCAAAAUAAUUAACUGGGGAAGAAACACGUAUGGACAGCUUGGAUGUCACGAAUAUCAGCGACCACUUUCCUGGAAGCCUCAGAUAAUGGAUAAUAUAGAAAAUGUGACACAGCUGGCAGUUGGUUCAGAACACAACAUUGCAAUACUUGGUACAGGAAGGAUAGUUAGCUGGGGCUGGAAUGAGCAUGGCAACUGUGGUACUGGGACAGAAGAAGAUGUGCGAGUCCCUACAUCAGUUGGAAUGGGCAUCAACCAGAAAGCAGUGAUUGCUGGAGCUGGAGCAGGACACACUUUUGCUUUAUAUUUAUGACAAGCAUUUAACUAAAAGUAUACUUGUAAUUUUAUAGAGGCCAUGGAAUGAAAUAGAAUACCAUUACCCCAACAACAAAAUGGUUUUGUUUUCAACCAGCAAUGUUACAUGAGAAAGACCCAGGAUAGCACAGUCGAUAUUGUGAAUGGCUAGUGGUUGAACGACCAAGAGGUUGGAGUUCAAAUCCUGGUGCAGGCAAGAAUUUUCACCUUUCCAUGUUGUCCAGACUGGCUCUGGGGCCCACCUGGCCUCCUAUUCAAUAGGU